UUUUCUAUAGAAUGGUAGCGUCUAGAUUUUGGGAAAUCCAUCAUGGCUGCCGUCAGAUGAAAAUAUUGGGGUGUUGCCAAAUUCUUACCAGUUUACUGCUGAUUGUUGGUAUUUUAAUUUUCCCUCCGAUAUAAGAUGAUAACCUAAGGAUUACCUGUGAUAUUUGGUUGGAAACUAAAGGCGUGGGGACGUCUCAUACGCAGUGAUUUAAUGCGUGGGAAUCAACAUGUUUCGUAACAAGAAGAAAAAGAGCAAGAAAGAGGGUGACAACUCACUCAGCAGUAAAAACAGCUCCAGUGGAAAGGCAUCCUCAAGCAGCAGUGGCCAGUGGUCCCGAUCCAGUGGUACAGGGUUUGAACCCAGCUCAGAGUCCCAGAGAAGCUCAGGUGUGUCAGCAGUGCUGGGCGGGGUCGCAGAGUUCAAGGUGAAACUUCUGGCCGUGCUGGACAGCCUGGAGGAUGUGGACAACCAGGGAGCCAUCGGCAUGAUCAACACCAUCGACCUCAACCAGCAAUACCGAAGGAUACCCUUCAUUGCCAAGGAUGAAAGUCAAGUCAUCCUGGUAUUGUUCAAGUAUGGGAUAAAGGUCAUGGAGGUCAACUCACCUGUGGUACUAUACAGACAUCCCCUGUACAGUAUCCAGAGAGUGGUUUGUUAUGAUGACGGACUGGGGAAACAGGUUGUGGCCAUAAAGGUGGGACAACCCAGGAAAACCAAGUACGGCCUGCUGGCCUUCCAGUGUAACAGUCAGGACCAAGCGACUGAAAUCUGCCGGACUCUUGCCACCAUAAUUGAGGUCAUCACCACACCGGAGAGGUCCUAACAAAUGGUCGGGCCACCAUUUAUAUAUGUGGGUCAUAGGUCACCAAUGAACACAUACCACCAUCCUUAUUAUGGCUGACAUAUCUCCAGCAAGGUCAUCAGGUGAUCAAGAGUCUGGGCACUGGAGGUCAUAGGUCAACAAUGCCAGUAGCCUUGCCAUGCUGAUCCAAUCAACGAAUAAGUGUGACCCUCAAGUAUUUUUGACCUUAAGGUCAAUGACUUUUAUUAUAGGAUGAUUUUAUGAUAAAGAACGAAGCACACUCAAACUAAUGUCAAAGCUGAUGUUACUUAUAGUAGACUACCAUGCUGUUAUAAUGAUUAUGAUGAAAUGAGCAAUCAUGGAAAGGUAAUUAACCAACAUUGCAAAUCAUGUAAGUUUUCAUUUUUUGCGGAAGAUAUAGAAUAGAGUCCAAAUAGUACAUAUACAGUUCAAGAUUUUAUUAUGAAUUGUAACCUUGAUAGCUGUAGUAUUUAUUGCACCUACCUACCUAGUCCCUUGACCUCCAGGUUGUUGGGGGGGACAAGGUAGCCAUGAAGAUAGAGAGCAACUGAUAAUAGUAAGUUAAAAAAACACAUUUACGUUAUUCCAUAAUGCAAUGCUGAUGUAUAUAUGUAUUCAGGGUUUUUACUAGGAAACAUUGUUGUCAGCAAUUUAUAAUAAGUAAUGAGCGUAGACAUAAUCCCAAUGACAGUUGCUAUUUGUAAGGAGAACAUUUUACAUACAACAUGUACUAAUACUCAGUAUGAAGCCAACAUUACUGUAGAACUGUGUGGUGUUGUAAACCAUCAAUGGUUAUUUUAGAGAUUAGCAUUAUUUUUCUAACACUCAACAGUUAUAUGAAGUAUUCAAGUAAAUUAUUGUAAAUUAUUCAUGUACUGCAUUACAUGUUAGAUUAUUGUUACAGUACUAUAAUUGUAGAAAAAAAAAUUGUAGUAAAGGUACCACUCUAUUGCCUCAAGUGCAGCUAACAUUGACUGAAGAAAAAACUUUAUUUUGUAAAAUUCUGGAGCUGAGCCAUAUCUUUGCGUAAAAUUUUAAACCAUGUUAGUCCCUUGUUUACAUUGUACACCAUAUUUCUGGUAUGUAACAAAAGUGUUUGCCCAAAACAGCAAAUAUUUUCACCAUAUGCAAAAGUUAAAACAAUGAUUAAUUAAACAUUAUGACACAUUUUCAAAA